AAUGUCACACAUAGAUUUCAUCACAUACAGUGAGAGAAUGUGAAGAGCUGCGAGGAUCUCUAACAGAAACGCGCGUAUGUACAGCUGCUAAAAAAAAGCUCUGUAUUUUGACUGUAUUAAAGCUGUUUAUUGUGUUUGAACUGGUUUUGGCGAGAGGCUCUCCACACAAACACGAGAUAACCGCGUGUAGUGAGACUCCAGGCCGCUCGGGGGCAGCAGAACGCGGCGCUCCUGCGCAAAGACGCGACGACACAAGCCGCAUCAGAGAAGGACAUUGUUGUGUUAUUUAUAAUCAUCUGAUUCUUUCAAACUGUUAGAUUCAUCGAAGUGUUUAAUGUUGUCGAGGCUCAGAAGUAAUUAUCUGUGAAUGUGUGGAUGAUGGUGGAAAACUCUCCGUCUCCUCUCCCGGAGAGAGCGAUCUACGGCUUCGUGCUGUUCCUGGGGUCUCAGUUCGGGUUCUCAUCUGCUGAAUGUGCUCCUUCAGUGCUGUAUGUGGUUUGGGCUUUUGUUCCUGACGACUGGCUUCAUUCUGCUGGAUUGACUUACUGGCCUCAGAAAUACUGGGCUCUGGCGGCUCCCAUCUACCUGCUGGUCACUUUAACCUCCUGUUUUGUGCUGCUGUUUGGGGUGAACAUGAUGAACACGGCUCCGCUCAGAUCAGUGGACAACAUCACGGAUCGCUAUGCCAGGAGUCAGUGCACGGCUGAGGAUCAGGAAGGAGUGAUUCCCAGACUCAGAGACGUUCCCAUCAGUGAAAUAAACCGCUUGUUUUACCUGGAUCACCACGAGCAGUGAAUAUGUGUGCCGGCGUCCGUCUCUGUCAUCGGUGCAGACGUUUGCUCAGCGUUUGCUCAGGGUUUAGAUGAUCAGAUCCAUCAGCCGCAUGUGACAGGCCUGAGAUUUGACUUUCUGAUGAACCUGAGCGGGCCGUCGUGACCCCGCUGACCCCUGACGGACUCGUGGACAUUCAGCAGUUAAAUAAAACUUUAAAAAACCCAGUUCUUAAAACAUCACUGCAUUUUCACAUCUUUCUCAAAAACUAAGUUCCUGUUCCUGUUUUUUUGCUGCUGUUGUGCUCGUCAUGUUGUGUGGCUGUUUGGUCAGACCGUGACCUCUGUGACCUCAGACUAGAAGUGAAACGGUCAUCUCACUAUCUGCCCAUCACGUCUCCAAUCCGUCUGCCGCAGGUGCGUGUUCCUGCUCGUCCGCACCCGAUGACCCUCAUGAGUAAACACGCCGGUGUCAGGUGGCCAGUCACCAGUUAACCUGUGACCUGUGACCCCGUGACCUGCAGAAAAACAGACUAUUGUGGUUUUCCUUUUCUCAGGUUUAUUUUAUUAGAAUAUUAUGAAAACUUGUUUCUGCCAUGGAAUAAAAAUAAACAUUUUUUUUUUUAUCACAA